GUUAAACAAAUUGGCUGAAACAAAAAAAGUUACGACAUGUUUUUAGUUAUUUUCGGCUUAGGAGUGACCGUUGCUUUCUUCUUUUACUUAAAAUGGGAAAUGUCGUCGUACGUGAAGACCAUCGAUCUAAUCCCCGGUCCCCCAAAAGUGCCAUUGUUUGGGAACGCGUUAUCGAUUCCACUCGACACUCACGGUUCGCUGCAAAAAAUUUCGGUCGAAUGGCCGAAAAAGUACGGCCAUUUUUAUCGCGGUUGGUUCGGUUUUAAAGGUUACAUUGACAUUUCCUGUCCGCUGUUGAUAGAGGAAAUCUUGUCAAGUCAGAGGUUCAUUGACAAAGGCAGCGAUUACAACUUGCUGAUACCGUGGCUUGGUGAAGGACUUCUUACCGCAUCAGGAAACAAAUGGCGCAAGCGAAGACGUUUACUGACUCCGGCCUUCCAUUUCCAGAUACUCGAUCAUUUCUUCGACACGUUCAAUAAAAGCGCCGAUAUUCUGUGCCAACAACUCGCCGCUUCGCAGUCGGAUGAUUCGCUGAUUGGGAAAGAGAUCGACGUGUUUCCUUAUCUGAAACGAUGCACUCUCGACAUUAUCUGUGAAGCGGCUAUGGGAAUCCAAGUGAAUGCGCAGCAACAGGAUUCUGAAUAUCUUUACGCGGUGCAAAGGUUUUCCUCUGUACUAUUUGAGUAUUUCGUUUCGAUAUGGAGCCUUCUACCUAAAUGGAUGUAUUUCAUGACUAAGCACGGCAAAGAGUAUCAGAAAUACUUGAAAACGAUUCACGAUUUCACUUCGAAAGUGAUCAAAGAUAGGAAAAAAGAAAUGGAAUUAGAAGAAGCCAUGAAAGAAUCGAAAGACGAACAAGAAGCUGCCAAAGAAUCUGAAUUCGAACCGAAAAAACGAAGAGCUUUUCUAGAUCUCAUGCUAAUUGCUGCCAAAGAAGGUAAUUUGACCGACGUGGAUAUUCGUAACGAAGUUGACACUUUCAUGUUCGAGGGUCACGAUACAACAGCCUGUGCUGCAGUUUGGUUCCUCUAUUGCAUGGCAACUCAUCCUGUUUGUCAAGAAUUGGUAAGAAAAGAGUUGGAUGACGUGUUUGGAGAUUCACAGCGGCCGUGCACAAUAGAAGACGCCACUAAACUCAAGUAUCUCGAAUGUUGCAUCAAAGAAACGUUACGUCUCUAUCCGAGUGUUCCACACAUCAAGCGAUUCAACUCACAAGAUUUCGUGCUGAGCAAUGGAUAUAAAAUUCCAGCCGGUGCUUCCUACUCCAUCCACAUUUACGCACUUCACCGCAACGAACAUUUUUUUUCGGAUCCUCUUGCAUUCAAUCCGGAACGAUUUCAAAUUGACAAGAGCGCAGGAAGACAUCCGUUUGCUUUCGUUCCUUUCAGCGCUGGCCCAAGGAACUGCAUUGGUCAAAGAUUUGCUAUGUACGAAGAGAAGGUCAUCUUUUCCACUUUAUUAAGACGUUUUCGUUUCACUUACGAUAUGGCAAAACACGGGCCUGCUUUGCCAUGUGCUGACAUGUUACUCAAACCGCAUCACGAAAUGCCAUUAAAAAUUACUCCUCUUCUCAGACAUUAAAAAGAAUAAUCAUUUUUUUGUUU